UCUCUCCUCUCAUCAGUGGUGUCCGACCGGAAAUCCCAAUCUCCCCUUGCCUUGCGCCUAAACCCUAGCUCGCUCCCGAAUCCCGAUGGCGCCGAAGAAGCGAAAAGCCGAUCCCGCCGAGUCCGCCGCCGCCGCGGAGCCAGCCGCCGGCAACCACCGCCAGGAACCGGCGUCCUCCGAGAACAAGCCCCGCGGCACCAUCUACUUCCCCAUCACCGACGACCCGCCCGAGCCCACCGCCGCCGCCGAGGACGAGGACGAGGGCGUCGGCGACGAUGGGGACGAGGCGGAGGACAUCGGUAAGCUGCUCGAGCCGCUGUCGCGGGAGCAGCUCGUGUCGCUGCUCCGUACGGCCGCGGAGGAGAGCCCCGUCACGAUGGCGGCCGUGCGCCGCGCCGCGGAGGCCGACCCCGCGAGCAGGAAGCUCUUCGUCCACGGCCUCGGGUGGGGCGCCGGUGCCGACGACCUCCGCUCCGCGUUCUCACGCUUCGGCGAGCUCGAGGACUGCCGCGUCAUCUCCGACAAGCAGUCGGGCAGAUCCAAGGGCUACGGGUUCGUCCUCUUCCGCUCCCGCCGCUCUGCGCUCCGCGCCCUCCGCCGCCCCCAGCUCCAAAUCGGUGGUCGUCUUGCUUUCUGCCACCUUGCCGCCUCAGGUCCCGCACCCCCAGCCUCUCAGUCUCAGAACCCUAGCUCCAACGCCAACACCAACACCAAUUCCAACUCCAACUCCGGUACCACCAGCAACGUUUCUGGCUCAUCCUCGCAGCCCGACAAUAUGCCACGCAAGAUAUUUGUUGGUAAUGUGCAUGCUGAUGUGGACGUCGACCGCCUAUACGAGUACUUCUCGCAAUUUGGUGAGAUUGAGGAGGGGCCGUUGGGCUUUGACAAGAACACUGGCAAACCAAAGGGAUUUGCGUUGUUUGUCUACAAGUCUGUAGAGAGUGCCCGCCGUGCUUUGGAGGAACCAGUGAGGAAUUUUGAUGGCAAGAUGCUCAACAUACAGAAAGCUAUAGAUGGGAGGACCAAGGGCUCAUCCGGGACAAAUGCAAAUGCUAACUCCAAUGCCACCACUGCCUCUGCGGCUGCUGCUGCACAAAUGACUGCUCCUGCCAGUGCCGCCAUUAGCCCAUAUGAUGCAUCAGCAUAUGGUGCUGCUGCUGUUCCUGACUUGGGUUUUGCACAGCAAGCAGCUAUGUUGGGAUUAGGCGCACAACAACAGGCAUUUGCUCAGCCCAAUGCAAUGCUUGCCAUGAUAGCAGCAAUGCAAAACCCAGCCGCACUGGGGAUGACACCAGCCAUGCUUGCAGCUAUGAACCCAGCCUUUGCUGCUGCUGCACUGGGUGCAGGGGGCCAGCAGGCACACACAGCUGGUCUUACAGGUUUUGGAGCUCAGGGUUUUGGGACUCAGGCGUUUGGAGCAGGAGGUGCCGCUUUCCCAAAUGCAGCAGGUGUUCAAGCAGCAGCAGCUGCAUACCAAGGAGCUGGAGCUCCUCCUGGUUUUCAAGGGCCACCUGGGUUUCAGGUUGGCCAAGCAACUACCCAGACUAGUACUGCAGCGGCAGCUGCGGCGGCCGCUGCCAAUGCUGCUGGUUAUCAGGCUGGGGCUGCUGGGCAGGGCCAAGUAUCUGGUGCUCAGAUUGGGGGCACUGGUUUUCAGGGUGGAUACUGACGGAACUAGCCCGCCCGUGCACAGAUCCACUCUGCCAAAGUGGCAGGCUACAUGCUUCCGUCGGUGUCAGCUGAUGGUGACUUGUGCUUAUAAUCCACUAAAAAUCAUCUUGUCAUUAUCAAAUUCUUCUGAAUAAAACAUGACAGCACGACUGACCCAGGACCCCGGUGACUAAAUAGUCUGGCUCCGCCCCUGCUCUGCCUUCUGGCCUGCCCAAGUUUUGCAGAUGAGUGUAGGAUGGUAGUUCGUUCUUGUUAGAACAGUUAUCUUCAAUUCCUGUCUGGGAAAACUGUUAUCACAGUCGAUAGCUAACAGUUAUAAAUGAUUCAGUUAAUCUCACAUGACUACUUAGGGCAUUAAGUUGUGGGGACUCCAUAUAUUUUCCUCACUAAUUGCUCCUUUGUUAUUCAGUCUUUUCUAGUUUUUUCUUCAUUGUCAGCAAAACUACUUGUUGCUUCCAUAAUUACUCUUUGGUAAUUGAAUGACAAUGUUCCUUUAGAUCUACUUAGCACUGCCAUGAUUAUGAUUUU